AUGCACACAGUUUUUCGCAUCCGAGAUAUCAAGCAACUGGAUGAAAAUAGUCGUCUCUGGCAAGUAGACUUAACGCUUACAAGUGAUCACGACCCAGAACUUCAUGUACUUACUGAACGUAUAAGAGAAGAGACUUUUCCAUACAAUGAAGGAUGGGAACGAUUAGGUUUAAUAUUAAUGAGAUUGGGUCAGUCGGGCAAGGCAGAAGAAGUCUACGAAAUGAUGCUUGAACAAGUAUCUAAGGACAGUGAAAAAGCUGGUGUUUAUCAUCAAAUUGGAUGGACCAAACAGGAUAAAGGAGAUUAUAAAGAGGCAAUUACAUUUUAUGAAAAAUCACUUGAAAUUCGACAAAAACUUCUUGGUCCAAAUCAUCCUGGUCUAACGAAAUCCUAUAACAACAUCGGUUUGGUGUAUCACAGUAUGGGAGUGUAUUCGCAAGCACUUUCAUAUCACGAAAAAGCACUUGAAAUACGACAAAAAUCUCUUCAUCCAGAUGAUCCUGAAUUGGCUUCUUCCUACAACAACAUCGGUAUGGUGUAUGAAAACAUGAGCGACUAUUCGAAAGCACUUUCGCAUUACCGAAAAGCACUUGAAAUUCGACAAAAAUCUCUUCCUUCAAAUCAUCCUGAAUUGGCUUCUUCCUACAACAACAUCGGUAAUACGUACGGUGGAAUGGGCGAAAAUUCGAAAGAACUUUUAUAUCACGAAAAAGCACUUGAAAUUCGACAAAAAAUUCUUCCUCCAGAUCAUCCUGAUUUGGCUUUUUCCUACAAUAACAUCGGUUCGGCGUAUGCCGAAAUGGGAGAGUAUACGAAAGCACUUUCAUCUUUCGCACUAGCCAUUGAAAUUCGACAAAAAUCUCUUCCUCCAAAUCAUCCUGAUUUAGCUCUUUCUUACAACAGCAUCGGUACGGUGUAUGAGAUCAUGGGUAAUUAUCCGGAAGCACUUUCGUUUUAUGAACGUGCUGCUGAUAUUGGACAGCGUUCAUUACCAUCAAAUCACCCUCAUCUUCAACUAUAUAUAAAGAACCUCGAAAAUAUGAGAAAAGCAAUGAUAAAGAUUUUUUAUUCUAGUGGCAUAGCCGGAGGGGGAGUCUGGGGAGACUCAGGCCCUUCAUUAAUCAAUUGA